AUGACCUCCUCCACUGAUGAUUCUGGUGACAUCUCUGCAGAGUUGUUAUGCCAAUCUGCCACAGGCAAGAAGAACUUGACAUGGUCAGGUGCCAAUGUUCUUCACCUUGUCAUGAUCCUCUACAACAACAACUCCUACCAGUGCACUCUGCUGCCAUCUCGAGAAUCGGCUGAGAGCGAUCCAGCCCUCAAACUUCACAAACAUCCCAUUUUUCAGGAUAUCUCCAAGAUGAUUUUCCCAGGUGCAUCUGUCGAUCCCAAUUGCAUCAAGUCCAAGCUGAGGUGGCUGCUAGAGACAUACUACAGGGAGAAGAAGAAGCUUUCACCCACUGGAGCUGGUACACUGCUGGAGGACAUGGAUGCAUCCAACCUGUAUGCUUGGUUUGAAAGGAUGCACGAGAUGAUGAAUGGCCAAUUCAAUGCUGAUCCUGCAGCACUUAUCACAACUCCCAGUCUUGACUUCACCAGCAAUGACAAGCCUGACAUGCCUUCAAAUGGCUCAGCUGACAUACCCAUGGAUAUUUGUGGCAGUGAGCUGUAUGAUCACAGUGCUCACAGCCAUGGUUUGCCUCCUAUUCUCAACUUGAUCAAACCCACCAACCCCCUGGCUGCUGUUGCAUCCACUUCUGGUGCAUCCUUUGUUGGUGCUGCCCAGCUCUCUCCCAGCACCAAGUGCAAGCGAGGUGCCCUUGAUCACAAGCACGACACACUUGCUGAAGCUUUCUAUCAUUCUUCCAUUGAUACCCUUCAGAUCCGCCUGCAGCUUGAACAGGAAUGCACCAGACAUGAGAAAAUACUGGAGGCUGAGCGUACCAAGUGCAAGGAGAUGCACCUGCAUCACGAGAGGGAGGAGAAAGAGCGCAAUGAAUGUGUUCACACAUGUGAUCAUGAAAUGGUGAUGGAGAUGGUGCGCCUCCUUGCUUCUCAGGCCAGCGUCAAACAGGAUGCUCAUCAGAACACCAGCAACAACAACAACAUGGACUCUUCAUUCAAUCUUCCUGUCUUGUAG